AUGGCCAAGAUCAACACCCAAUGUUCCUACCCCUCCCAGGCCCACCUCGCAGUAAGGAUCAUGGACAAUGAACUCGAGCGAAUUGAAAAUGGCCUCGGUCGGACCCUCUCACCAUGUGAAGAGACAUCGUCAGAACUGCAGCAAGGGAUCGCCAUGGAGGCCAGAGGAGGACUGGCUGAAUCCCAGAGAAGUUCCUUCACCAGCCAGAGACCCGCCAGGUUAUCAAGACUCAUCAUCUCGCUGCAAGCAUGGGCAGCCAGGCACUUACACCAUGGGGACCAGACACCUGACUCUUUUCUGGACCGUUUCCAGGGAGGUGAGCUCAAGGAGGUGUCCAGCCAAGAAAGCAAUGUCCAAUGCAAUGUGGGCAGCCAGGAGCCACCAGGUGGAGACGAAGGAAGAAGAAAGAAGAGGAAAAAAAGAGAGGCCAUAAUGGUGGACCCUUCCAGCAACUUGUACUACCACUGGCUCACCAUCAUCGCCAUGCCGAUCUUCUACAAUUGGUGCAUGCUGGUUUGCAGGGCCUGUUUUGAUGAGCUUCAAUCGGAGCAUUUGAUGCUGUGGCUGGUCCUGGACUAUGCGGCAGAUGUCCUCUAUGUCCUGGAUGUGCUGGUGCGAGCCCGCACAGGCUUCCUUGAGCAAGGUUUAAUGGUCAAAGAUGCUGACAGGCUUUGGAAGCAUUACAUGAAGACCAUUCACUUCAAGCUGGACGUGUUGGCUCUGGCCCCCGUAGACCUGGCUUAUUUAAAGCUGGGUAUGAACUACCCAGAACUGCGGUUCAACCGCCUGUUGAAGUUUCCCCGGCUCUUUGAAUUCUUUGACCGCACCGAGACAAGGACCAACUACCCCAAUGUGUUCAGGAUCGGGAACUUGGUCUUAUACAUCCUUAUCAUCAUCCACUGGAAUGCCUGUAUCUACUUUGCCAUUUCCAAGUUUAUUGGUUUCGGGACAGACUCCUGGGUCUACCCAAACAUCUCAAACCCAGAAUAUGGGCGCCUCUCCCGGAAGUACAUUUACAGCCUCUACUGGUCUACCUUGACCCUGACCACCAUUGGUGAGACGCCAGCCCCAGUCAAAGAUGAGGAGUAUCUCUUUGUGGUCAUAGACUUCCUAGUGGGCGUCCUGAUUUUUGCCACCAUUGUGGGCAACGUGGGUGCCAUGAUCUCUAACAUGAAUGCUUCCCGUACAGAAUUCCAGGCCAAGAUUGACUCUAUCAAGCAGUAUAUGCAGUUCCGAAAGGUAACCAAGGACUUAGAGACACGGGUUAUCCGAUGGUUCGACUACCUAUGGGCCAACAGGAAGACAGUAGAUGAGAAGGAGGUACUCAAGAAUCUCCCAGACAAGCUGAAGGCUGAGAUUGCCAUCAACGUGCACCUGGACACUCUGAAGAAGGUUCGCAUCUUCCAGGACUGCGAGGCGGGGUUGCUGAUAGAGCUGGUGCUGAAGCUGCGGCCUGCUGUGUUCAGCCCAGGGGAUUACAUCUGCAAGAAAGGGGACAUCGGAAGAGAGAUGUACAUCAUCAAGGAGGGCAAGCUGGCUGUGGUGGCUGACGAUGGGGUCACCCAAUUUGUGGUCCUAAGUGAUGGGAGUUACUUUGGGGAGAUCAGCAUCUUAAACAUCAAGGGGAGCAAGUCAGGGAACCGCAGGACAGCCAACAUCAGGAGCAUCGGUUACUCAGACCUGUUCUGCCUCUCAAAGGACGAUCUCAUGGAGGCCCUGACCGAAUACCCUGAAGCCAAGAAGGCCCUGGAGGAGAAGGGACGGCAAAUCUUAAUGAAGGACAAUUUGAUCGAUGAGGACCUGGCCAACGCUGUGGUGGACCCCAAGGACAUUGAGGAAAAGGUGGAAUACCUGGAGUCCUCCCUGGACACCCUGCAGACCAGGUUUGCACGGCUCCUGGCUGAAUACAGUGCCACUCAGAUGAAGGUGAAGCAGCGUCUCAGCCAGCUGGAGAGCCAGGUGAAGACCUAUGGGAGCAGUUUCCUGUCUGAUGAAGAGGAUCCCAGGGAAGCUACAAAAACAGAGGACAAACAGCAGUGA